UCACAUGACUGUCUCCGCGGUCUUACUGAGCAUGCUCACAGCCUGCAGUGUUGUCAGGCAAACUAUAAGACAGCAGUAGGAGCAGAGAUCUGCAACAGAUAAACACACAGUGGAAAACAAGAGAGGCAGGUGUGCCCUUUAAGAGAGGGGGAGCAUCUGAUGCAAGGAGAGCAUCUGACUCUCCAUCCUCGGUGGAGGUGGGGCAGCUUUGAAGAGAUCUAGGACGCGCAGCUGUCUUCAGUUUUCCGUUCCCAUUCCUCCCACCUGGAACGCAAUGGUUGGCAAUGGUGAACGGCCCGUGUGAGUGAACUCUAUGAACCGCAGAUCCAAUGGACAUCAAAGGCCAGUGUUGGACAGACGAGGAGUCAGAUGGGGAGAAUGAGUCAGAGCAGUUCUUAUACGGCAUUCAGGAGACGCUGGAGGCAAGAGACACAGGCUGGGCCAGAACAGGUGCAGUGACUGGAGACUGGAACCAUGUGGCUGCCCAUGGAGUUGACAGGAGACUGGAAACGUUGGAAACAGUGAGACAGAGACAGGGGAGCUGUGCUGCUGAUCUGUACCGCCACCCUCAGCUGGAUGCAGACAUUGAGGCAGUAAAAGACAUCUACACUGACAGUGCUGUCUCUGUCAGGGAGUAUGGAACGAUUGACGACGUGGACAUUGAUCUACAUAUUAACAUAGGUUUCUUAGAUGAGGAGGUGGCAACAGCCUGGAAAGUUAUCAGAACAGAGCCCAUUAUUCUGAGGCUUCGCUUUUCUCUGUCUCAGUACCUAGACGGACCCGAGCCAUCAGUAGAAGUCUUUCAGCCCUCAAAUAAAGAAGGCUUCAGUUUGGGCCUGCAGCUGAAAAAGAUCCUGAGUACAUUCACCUCUCAGCAGUGGAAGCACCUCAGUAAUGAGUUUCUCAAAGCUCAGCAGGAAAAGAGGCACAGCUGGUUCAAAGCCGGGGGAACCAUCAAAAAGUUCCGUGCUGGUCUGAGCAUCUUCUCCCCAAUACCGAAGUCACCCAGUUUUCCUCUGAUCCAAGACACAGUUUUGAAAGGGAAACUGAGCGUCCCUGAGCUUAGGGUGACCCGCCUGAUGAAUCGCUCUAUUUCUUGUACCAUGAAGAACCCUAAAGGAGAGCUGUUCAGCUAUCCACCUAAUAGCCAGACUAUGGCUGUCCCAGCGGCCAGGGCCCCAGCGCAGAUUACCACGAGGCAGCUGAUUGAAUUGUUUUUCUCAUCCCAGGCGGGCGGGCACUGCAAGAACAUCCCUACAUUGGAGUAUGGCUUCUUAGUACAAAUAAUGAAAUACUCAGAGCAGAGGAUCCCUACACUCAAUGAGUAUUGUGUGGUCUGUGACGAACAGCACGUCUUUCAGAAUGGAUCCAUGCUGAAGCCAGCUGUGUGCACCAGAGAGUUGUGUGUGUUCUCCUUCUAUACGCUGGGUGUGAUGUCUGGUGCAGCAGAGGAAGUCGCCACUGGUGCAGAGGUGGUGGACCUCCUUGUUGCUAUGUGUCGAGCUGCUCUUGAAUCUCCACGCAAGAGCAUCAUCUUUGAGCCCUACCCAUCAGUUGUUGACCCCAACGACCCCAAGACUCUGGCCUUCAACCCAAAGAAGAAGAAUUAUGAGAGACUGCAGAAAGCACUGGAUAGUGUCAUGUCCAUCCGUGAAAUGACUCAGGGCUCAUAUCUGGAGAUUAAAAAACAGAUGGACAAACUGGACCCACUGGCCCAUCCAUUGCUGCAGUGGAUUAUUUCUAGCAACAGGUCUCAUAUCGUCAAGCUGCCUCUGAGCAGGCAACUGAAAUUCAUGCACACCUCCCACCAGUUUUUGUUGCUCAGCAGCCCCCCGGCUAAAGAGGCCCGCUUCCGCACUGCCAAGAAGUUAUAUGGCAGCACCUUUGCUUUUCACGGUUCCCAUAUAGAGAAUUGGCACUCUGUUCUGAGAAAUGGACUAGUCAAUGCAUCUUAUACCAAGCUGCAGCUGCAUGGGGCAGCGUAUGGAAAGGGCAUCUAUCUGAGCCCCAUCUCCAGCAUAUCAUUUGGAUACUCAGGAAUGGGGAAAGGACAGCAUCGCAUGCCCACCAAAGAUGAACUGGUGCAGCGUUACAACCGCAUGAACACCAUACCACAGAGUCGCCCAAUACAGUCAAGGUUUCUUCAGAGUCGAAAUCUCAACUGCAUUGCUCUUUGUGAAGUUAUCACGUCUAAGGAUCUACAAAAACACGGCAACAUCUGGGUGUGUCCAGUGUCCGACCAUGUCUGUACUCGCUUCUUUUUUGUGUAUGAGGAUGGCCAAGUAGGUGAUGCCAACAUUAACACCCAGGAGCCUAAAGUCCAGAAGGAGAUCAUGCGUGUGAUCGGGACCCAGAUCUACUCCAGCUAAGGAUGAUUUUUCCAACAAUGCUUGGAUCUUGAUGGUGGAGG